AUACACGCAUGUCAUUGGUCUGUUUCACAUGUCUGCUGAUAUGCCGGGUUAGGCUGUUUUUUAUUUCGUAACACAACAUUGUGUAGUGUUUGAGUGCUGUUUUUUUUGUCAUCCCUUUUCUGCGAGGUCAUUAGGAGUUUUUCUGGCACUGCUAGCUUUAUUCAAUUAGGGGAGAAACUGCUCUAGACGUAGCUAGCGUUACAUCCACCCAUACCUGGCAAAAAGAAGCUAACGUUAGCUAGCUGCACAGUCAAUAUAGGUCUUUCUCAUUAACAUUAGAAUGGGUGAGGAAAUUAACGACAACCUCAUUGAUACAGGCAAUGGAUCUGCUAAUAACGCCAAUGUUGAGGAAAAUGGUGAAACAGUUGGAAGUGAUGUACAAUAUUACACAUUGGAAGAAAUACGAGUGCACAAUAUGAGCAAUGACACAUGGCUCAUCAUCCACGAUAAAGUAUACGACAUCACAAGUUUCCUCGAAGAGCAUCCGGGAGGUGAGGAGGUUUUGCUGGAGCAGGCAGGUGCAGAUGCCACAGAAAGCUUUGAGGAUGUGGGUCAUUCCACAGAUGCCAGGGAGAUGCUCCAGCAGUACUACAUGGGGGAGCUUCAUAUGGAUGACAGGAAAAAGGAUAACACAAAGGAUGAACAUGUCACAAAUUCAGGAGAGUCCAGCAGCUCCUGGACCAUGUGGUUGAUACCUGCUAUUGCUGCAGCUGUUGUUGGUAUCAUGUAUCGCUUCUAUGUGUUUGAACACAAGUCCUCUUGAGUGCUGGCAUCCAGUUUUCAUCUCAUUCUUUUCAUCUGGAGGCCUUGAAAUGUUUGACCAAAACCUCCUCACACUGAAUGCACACAAGGAAAGGAACAAGAAAAGGAGGGGAGCAGUUUGAUAAAGUACUUUUGUCCUUGUCCGUCUACAUAUAGUGCACCAAACAGACAGUUGGGCCGAAACUUUAUUAAAUUGUCUGCCUUCAGUUUCUUUGUAUUUCAUUGUCACUAUGCCUGUUAUUAUUCAUGUUAAAUGUUGUCUUUAACUUAAACUUUCAUAUGCAUUUGACCCAGUUUGGUCUCUGUAUGGUCAUUACACCUUUGCCAGCUAAGAGAAAGGUUUGGAAACAGCCUGGUAUGCACCAUCAUUACACAGAGAAACAAAAUGGAAACAUUUAAGGAGAUGUUAAGUAUGCAGAAUGGUGUUGACAUCAGGGUAAUAGUUACCAGUGAUCAUUCUACUUUUUACAGUGAAUUAUAACUUCCAAUGCAUUUUCUUAUCUUUUAAUAAAGUGAGAAAUGUUAUUGCUACCCAACUCUCAAUAAGAAUCGUGAGUUUAUUCCAUUGACUCCUUAUUGCACAGUUCCGGUGUUAAACAAUGCUAGAGUGCAUUUAUCAUUUGGUUGUAAACAUAUAAUCUUUCCAAUUAUGUAAAUGCAGUGUCAAAUCUUUGUCUGUUCCUUUUAGAAAAUAGUGAUGAAUUAUGUUGUAUCAGUGAUUAUUUAUGUUAGAAUGUGUUCUGACGUAAAUCUAUUUUCUACAGCUAUGUUAACAGGAAUUUGUAGAUGUUUAAAAUACUUGAUCCAUAAAAGAAUAUAAAUUUAUGAAGUAUGUAAUACUACAAUGAUAUUUUAUUACCUGGAUGUAAUAGCUGACAGGGAAUGACUGAGUAAUUACCCUUAAAAGAAGAGAAGUAUUUGUUAUUUUAUUGUUCUGUUUUUAAAAAUUGUAUUGUUUCACACUAUGCCAUUUGUUAUUAACUGAUGCUCUUUCGUGACUUUGUUUCAUUUUAAUGCAUCUCAGUUGACAGUUUUGGGUGAAUGCUACUGGCAACUGUCACUGCAGGGUUUGAAUUAUAUUGGAUGAAAUCUGGUGUGUGUCUUUCAGGCCACAGUUGGUUACUACUUUUUCUCAAAGUUGGUUACUUUAAUAAUCUAUUUUAGUUACUUGGCCUUUUUGAAUUUUCUAGCUUGCUGUUCAGAUUUUGGCAAUGUCGCAUAGGAUUUGAUUUAGAUAAGCUUUGCACAGCAUUUCUAAAAUCAGUCAUUUUAUUUCAUAUUACUAUUUGAACCAUUUGUCAGCUACAAAGAUGCUAACAAUCUGAAAUCCAUUUAUCGCCUGUCAAUUCACAAAAUUUCAAAAUGUCUGAAUAUAAAUUGCUAUUUUUACACAUGACUAUAAUAUUACUUGCAAAUGUCAAAAUUUAGUUGGUUAACUAUAAAUAUUUGCCAUCUCUUUGCCAUUUCCUGUCAUUA